GAUGAUGAUGAUGAUGAUGAUGAUGAUGAUGAUGAUGAUGCUGAUGAUGAUGAUGAUGAAAAUGAAAAUUCGGAUGACGAAGUUGAUGAUGUUGCUGAUGAUGAUGAUGAUGUUGAUGAAUAUGAUGAUGAUUCGGAUCAAGAUGAUGAUGAUGAUGAUGAUGACGAUGAUUCGGAUGAUGAUGAUGAUGAUGAUGAUCAUGAUGAUGAUGAUGAUUCGGAUUAUGAUGCUGAUGAUGAUGAUUCGGAGCAUGAUGAUGUUAAUGAUGAUGAUGAUGAUGAUGAUGAUGAUGAUGAUGAUGAUGAUGAUGAUGAUGAUGAGACGGGAUGAUGAUGAUGAUGAUGAUGAUGAUGAUGAUGAUGAUGAUGAUGAUAAUGAAGAUGAUUUGAUGAUGAUGAUGAUGAUGAUGAUGAUGAUGAUGAUGAUGAUGAUAAUGAAAUGA